AUGGCCGAAAUUCAACAAAUAAGAAAUGAGUACGAGGAACAAAACAUUGCCGAACCAGAAAGGGCAACCUCUACUCCCGUCCCAAACAUCGAUAUUGAGCUUCCCUCGGGUUGGGACGAGCUCAACAUCGACGACUAUGAUCGAAGCAGAGAGGAGAUUGAUCUUCGAACCGCAGCAGAAAGUCUACAAAGAUCAAUUAACCGGGCGUCAGAAACCCUAAACCAAUCCACAAAUACCACCUUCAAAACCCCGGCAAAAACCUCCACUAAACGUCCAAUAACAAGCCCUUUCGAAGAUAAUCAAGAAAAGAAAAACCGAAUAGAAGACCAUAGAAAGACUACCCAGAGAUCUAUCUCACGAGAUAGCACUGUGGGUAGUCAGGACUCUAGGAAACCAUGUGCUUGUUGCCCUGCCAUGUUGAAUUUUAAUAAGAGUGGGAUACAGGUAACUCAAAUACGAAAUGGCGUUGCGUACACCACGAAGGAGAAAUUGAACGUCAUCGCAUUUGCUGAGGCUCAUGGCAAUCGAGCAGCUGGUCGUGAAUUCAAUAUCAACGAGUCCAAUAUUAUGAGUUGGCGCAGUGAGCGGGGUAGUCUCCUGGAGAUGCCCAAGACCAAGUGUGCUAUUCGUGGAAGAAAGGCCCUUUUCCCUGAGGUUGAAGCUGAGGUGCUGACUUUGAUUGAAGACAAGGCCUCCCUGUGGCUUCCACUGAAGAUCGUAUUCAAGCCUUAA